AGGAGCCGCGGAGGGCCGCAAGCGCAGAUGGCUCGACGCAUCGUCGGAGCCGGUUGCUUCGGGGCUCGUCGGUCGUGAAGGAGGAGGGCGAGGCCGCUACCGCCGGCGGGGAUGGCUCCGCUGCCGAGCCCUGCAGUGCCGCCGCCGCCUCGGCUCCUCCUGCUGCCGGCCGCAUCGACGGCCGCUCCAGGGGCUCCCUCGCCUUCCCCGCCGCCCCGUAAGCGGCAGCGCCUGGCGCACCUCAGCCCGGAGGAGAAGGCCCUACGCCGGAAGCUGAAGAACCGUGUGGCGGCGCAGAGCGCUCGCGACCGCAAGAAGGCGCGCAUGGGCGAGCUGGAGCGGCAGGCCGUCGAGCUGGAGGCCGAGAACCAGAAACUGCUGGCCGAGAACCGGCGCCUGCGGGAGCGUGCCCACAGCUUGGCGCGCGAGAACCACGAUCUGCGCCUCCGUCUCGGGCUUCCGACGCUGAAGGUGGAGAUGCAGGAGGAGACAGCAAGCAUCGCCCCUGGUGGGGCAGAGACCGGGUCUUCUGAGUCCGCAGCACUUAGACUACGUGUUCCUCCGCAGAAGGGACAGGCCCAGCAGUCUUCUGCCUCCACAGUGGGGGAGAGGAGGAGGAGGAAGAGGAUGAUGGGGGCCUCCCUCUGGGCACAGACAGCCUGGCUUCUUCAGAUGCUGAGUCUGAUCUCCUCUUGGGCAUUUUGGAUAGUCUGGAUCCAGACAUGUUCUUGCACUGUAGCAGCUCCCAGGCAAUUUUCUUUGAGAAGCUGCAGCAGGAAGUGUGCGGAGAAGCACCUGUUCCCUUACCUGCCUCCACCAGUCCCUCCUUGGGGCCUGCACCACUCAGGCAAGAUGCCAUUAAUGAACUGAUCCGCUUUGAUCAUGAAUACACCAAGCCAUUCUUCCUGGAGAUCAUAUCUGAAGCGGCCACCCAGACCAGUGCACUCCUGGAGGAAGUGGUUGCUUCUC